AUGGAUAUUGAUCGACCAGCCAAUGUCUCUUUUUUUGAUUUCGUUGGCGGAGUCCAACUUCUCCAGGGGGAGGACACCAGGACAGCCCUGCCGGUCAUCCUCAUCGGGAUCUGCGUGUCCGGAGCAGUUGGGAAUUUGCUCGUUUUGCUGAUUUUCCUCCGUGACUUUAGAAACGGAAAGGGCUCUGAGGUGAAAGCGCUCCUCGCCUCUCUGGCUUCCACGGACUUGGCGAUCCUGCUGCUGUGCGCGCCCGUGCGCGCCGUCACCUACUACAAGCAGACCUGGACCCUAGGGAGUUUUGUCUGCAGCACCACGGACUGGUUCCAGCAUUCGUGCGUGGUUGCAAAAACUUUAAUCCUUGCUGUCACCACCAGAGCCAAACACACGCUGGUCCCCAGCGCCGCUGGGCACCUGUACUGCCCGACGUGGAUCCAAGGAGCUCUGGCGUCCAUUUGGAUUGUGUCGAUGAUGUUUCCCAUUCCCCAGAUGAUUUUCGCUUCUUUAGUGCCCCGUGGCCGCGACACUAUUUGCGUCUCUGAAAUGCCAGUGUGUGCGUCUGUCUUCAUGAGGUUGUUCUACAAGAUUUAUCCAACUGCGACCUUUGUGGUGCCGGUCAUCUUCACCCUUGCCUACAACACCAAAGCGCUGCACGCCGCGGUGAACCACGCACCCAGCCCGCAGCAUCAGAGCAAGGUUACCCUGGUGUUACUGUGUCUUAGCGGCGCCCUUGGGCUCAUGCUGCUGCCGGAGUGGGGGACUUUCACCUGGAUCAGGCUCGGGUACAACAAACCUCCCGUUGGUUUAAUCAUCUUUGCGCAAGUCCUCCUUUACGCAUGCAGCUCCCUCUCUCCGGUGAUCUUGAUGACAAUGUACGACGACGUGCGCCAAGGACUGAUGACCAUCUGGUUCUCCGCGACCUGCAGAGGCUCAAAGCACCCCCACAGCAACAAGUGCCCCCAAACGGAGGGGAACGGAGCAGAAGUGGGUGCCAACGCAGUCCCCAACGCGGUUUCACAGGAGAGGGAGAAGACCUUUCCAGAUGUGGAGCACUUUUGGACAGGGCGCAGGAAUACGCACGUCGAGGAGGCGCAGGAUCCGGUUCCGUGGGAGAGAGAGGAGAAAAUGUUGUAG